AUGAGCCGUCAUGGAGACGACCGGAGCCGGGCCCGCUCACGAUACGAUGAAACUGGAGAUGCGCUUUCUUCAUUCUACCGCGAACGGUUCGGCAGCCAAUCGCCGGAUGAAUAUCUGAACUUGCGCAUCACCCAAAUUGACAAGGGCCUCCAACGGGACGAGAUCAAGGACAUCCUCUAUCAAGAAUUCAAGAAAUAUGUCCCAUUCGAGGUGAAAGUCGUGCGGAACCCAGGCGAUGAAGAUCGACUCGCCUACGUCAACUUUGAGCGGAAGGAUGCGGCGAGGAAAAUUCGGCAUACAAUGCUUGCGCGCCUCCAAAAAUUGUUGGGUCGGCGGAUCCUCGUCGAUCCUGCCGGCAUCAUCCGCGACCAGGACGGCAAGUUCAUCCCCGACAGAUUCAACCGUGCCAGUAUGCAGGAGCAGCAACGGAAUCGAUCUGGCGGCCGUGGAAUUUCGCCAAGACGAAGCGGCGGCCAAGGCACUUGGAGAUUAACGGAAGAUGAUCAAAAAGCUACUCGUUCACUUUUUGUUGGAAAUAUGCCGUCGGAUAUACACGAAUCGGAAAUACGGAGGGUCUUUGAAAAAUAUGGAGGCGUUGAAGAGGUUGAUAUUAAACGUGUCGAGAACUCGACGGCCGCCUAUGCAUUUGUGCAAUUCGCGACUAUUGACGCAGCGCUUGAUGCAAAGCACAACGAGCAUGAACGCGCCAUUCGGCACGGUGGUCCGAAAUGCAAGAUUGGAUAUGGGAAGAGCCAGGUAUCGCGAAAACUUUGGGUCGGCGGGCUAGGCCCGUGGGUGAGCGCCGACGAGCUGAGCAAGGAGUUUGAUCGCUAUGGCCCGAUUGACAAGUUGGAUUAUGAGGAGGGCAGCGAUCACGCCUACAUCCUCUACGCAGAUCUGAACGCGGCCAGCGAUGCGUCGCGGGCAAUGCGCAACUUUGACUUUGAUGACCACGUGAUCCAGAUUGAUUAUGCCAAGGAAGAUACGGCGGUUAGGAAGCGAAUUGGCGACCGUGAUCAUAGCCCUUCAUCAAAGCGAGCGCGAGAAAGCCCGCCGCCUGCCGGGAAGCCAAUCCGCACUAUCGAGCAGCUCGAUGAGCAAUAUGCGUUCACUUGGGUCGGACAUGUACUACUGAAAAAGGCAGAGUACGCGCUACGUCUCUAUCGAGUGGCCGGCACCGAGAAGCUGCUUCAGACGAUGCUCCGCGACUCGGACGGCAACGCGGUCAAGUUGCACGUGACGCAGAGGCUCGCCCUCUCGACCCAAGAGUCUCUGCAAGACCGACUGCUCGCCUCGCCGAUCAAGCAGCUCGCGAUUAUGAUUGGGGUUGGCAAAGAGCCGAAGUCGAUUCAGCCGUUUGCCAACUAUCUGGCCGAGAAGGAUGCUGCCGGCGUUGUGACGAUAAACGAUGGGAUCGUCUACGUGUUCCCACCAUCCGACAUGGCCACCCAUCUAUUGGCUAGAUUCGCCCCCAACAUCCACUUGCUUGUCGAUGGUGCCCCAAAUCUCCUGUUCAUCCUCGCACCGAAGGUUACGAGCUCAUCAUCCCCA